ACACAUAAAUCUGGAGUACUGGAGUAUUUCCCCCGUCCCCUCUGCGUCAUUGAAAAUCUCCCGUCCCGUUCCGCUCCAGCGCCUGCGCCGAUCUCCAUCUCGCGACUCGCGAGCAGAGCAGGGUUGGUAGGGGCGCCCAUCUCCAUCCGGCGAGCAGAGCAGAGCGGAGGAGGUGCGCCAUCGUCCCGCUGCAUCCUGUUUUGAGCCUGGAUCUUGCCAAACAAGUGGUUGAUCUUACUGCUUUCGGUGGCCGUGUCUCCUCCACAGGAAGGAAGGCACCGGGGAUCUAGAGGAGGCCAUGGGAGAAUUCUCCAAGGAAUCUUGCCCUUCUGUGAAGAACAUUUUGCUUCUGGAUUCUGAAGGGAAACGUGUUGCCGUGAAAUACUUCUCGGAUGAUUGGUCUAGUAAUGCGUCAAAGUUGGCCUUUGAAAAGUCUGUCUUUACUAAAACUCUGAAGACAAAUGCACGCUCAGAAGCUGAGAUAACAUUGUUUGAUGGCUAUAUUGUCGUUUAUAAGUUUGUACAAGACCUUCAUUUUUUUGUCACCGCUGGUGAUGAUGAGAAUGAGCUCAUUAUAGCAAAUGUACUACAGGGCUUCUCUGAUUCUGUUGGUCUUUUACUCAGGGGUGAUGUUGAGAAGAGGACUGCACUCGAGAAUCUGGACUUGAUACUUCUCUGCAUCGAUGAAAUUGUAGAUGGCGGCAUAAUUCUGGAAACAGAUGCAAAUACCAUUGCCGGGAAGGUUGCAACCAAUGCUGUUGAUGGUUCUGCCCCCUUCUCUGAGCAGACGAUAUCUCAGGCUUUAGCCACUGCUAGGGAGCACCUUGCAAGAUCUCUGCUCAAGUAAAUCAUUUAUCUUUUGACUCCUUAAAACUUCUCUGCGUUGAGGAUUGGGCGAGUGUACGUUGAAGCAUGUAAUUGUUACCUUUUACUCAUAAUAAAGUGUAAUUGUGACGGAAAAAAUAGUUGAAUAUGAUAUAAUACUUGUACUCAGAUUUAUCUCAUCAAGUGCUAAUGAUAGUUUCCAUGAUUGCUUCUGCGUUGCAA